AAUUUCAAAUUUCCCCUCCUUGUCUCAUCCAUUUACGUCGGACUUACUAUGCUCCUGAUGAUACGAAACACGAAGAGGGGAAAUACUCCAUGGCGGAUCUCGAAAACUCCACUGUUUUUCUGGUUUAAUGUGACGCACAAUAUGAUAUUGACAGGUUACUCGGCCAUUAGUUUCUUCGGCUUCGCCAAUGUAGUAUGGUUUGUAUUCACAGCUGCCUGGGACACCAGAAAUCCUGAAGGGAGACUCACUAGGAUGCUCGAUCAUGGAAACGCACCCGAACUCUAUCAUAUUUGGGCCAACGGCCUUGUCCUCUAUGGAUUCUUCUUCUAUAUGAGCAAGAUCUAUGAGCUUGUUGAUACUGUCAUUCUCAUUGUGAAAGGCAAAACGCCAACCGUUUUCCAAAUUUACCACCACACAGGUGCAUUAAUAUGCGUAUGGGCAGGGUAUUACUACAUGGCUACUCCUCUUUGGAGCUUCAUUUUCAUGAAUUGCGGUAUCCACACACUGAUGUAUACAUAUUAUACGGUGGCUUUGUUCAAAUUUCCAAUCCCUCGAGGUUUCAAAAUGAUUUUGACUACAAUGCAAAUAGUACAAACGGGCCUUGCUAUUGUCUACGGAACUGUCAGUUUGUUCAUAUCGUACAAUGUCAUUGGUGAAGAUGUAGCAAAGGGAGGAGCUGACUUGGCCAAUCCUCGAAUUGAAACUAUAUCUUGUGUCAAUACUCCAGGAGAGAGAUUUGCAAUUUCUCUAAAUGUGGCAUAUCUUAUUCCUCUCCUUUUACUAUUCUUGAACUUUUUCAGGAGGACUUAC